GUUUCUGUUCUCCCGAAUUGUAAUAAACAAACUGCGCGUGGACUUGCUAGCUGUUUUCGCUAAGCUAAUGAAAAUAUUUAUGUUGAAUAAAACAUUUUAAAAUAUAAUUUAGUAAUUUGCCUGGACAGAGAACAGAAAACUGUGAAAAUGGGGGACGACACUCCCGAGAGGGAAAUGAAGGAUUUUCAAUUCCGUCAGAUGAAGAAAAUCCGUGUCUUCGACUCCCCUGAUGAUUUGCCCAGGGAGCGAUCAAGUCUUCUCGCCAUCUCCAACAAAUUCGGCCUGACGUUUGUCGGCCAGGGCAGAGUGCUCAAAGUGUUUGUAACUGAUGACAUCAUCGCUGCGGGGAAGGUCAGCGGAAACACCAAUGAGAUUGUGGAGGGUGUGAAGUGCCAGGCACUGACCCUCGACCUCCCGAUGCACCACCUCGCCCUCAGCAGCGAUGAGCUCACCCUGUCAGUGUGUGGCGCUUGUGAGGAAACCGCUCUCAUACUAGACUUCUAUGAUGUUCGCACCUUCUUCAACAAGACCAGACAGGACAAGCGUCCCUUUGCGUCCUUUAAAGUAGGCUCCGAGUCGGACACCUUGGUCCAGGAUCUGAAAUGGAGUCCAGUGGAAGCGUUUCGAGUCGCCGCUUGUCUCUCGGACGGCAGCAUGAUGGUGCUGGAUGUUACAGACAAAGUCGUACCUAUAGCACAACUUCCUGCCUCCACUGCCAUCACCUGCGUUUGCUGGAGUCCUAAAGGAAAGCAGAUCGCUGCAGGGAAGCAGGACGCCACGGUGGUUCAGUACACGCCCGUUCUGCAGGAGAAGAAGGUGAUCCCUUGUCCGAGUUUCUACACCGCCGACAAUCCCGUUAAAGUUCUGGAUGUGUUAUGGUUAAGCACCUACAACUUCGCCGUGGUGUACGCGGCAGCCGACGGCUCUCCUGAGACUCCGCCCGAGCUCGUAGUGGUGUCGCUUCCUAAGAAAGACGAGAAGAAAGAGGACAAGUUCCUGAACUUCAGUGACAUCGUGUUCGGGUCGUGUACCGAAAGACAACAUCACUACUUCCUGAACCACAUCGAGGACUGGGAUCUGAUCCUCGCCGCUUCGGCCGCCUCCAUCGAAGUCAGCAUUAUCGCCAAACAAGAGGACAAGAUAAACUGGGAGCUGUGGCUGCUGGAGGACGCAAGCCGAGGAGAACUUCCUGUCACUCUGAACAACAACGACGACACAUUUCCUGUGGGACUGGGCAUCGACUACACCAGUCAGGGCGAAAUACACAUAUCUGAUGAGAAGAAGCUGCCGCCGGCUCCCACGCUGCUGAUCCUCUCCACCGACGGAGUGCUGUGUCCUUUCUCCCUGAUCAACCUGAACCCGGGGGUGAAGCAGCUCGUCGUGUCCACUGGCAGCCUGCCUCAGGACGGAGAGAGACCUCCGUUACAGAAGUCCGUCCCUCCAAAUCAAGUCCCUGCUGCGUCUAAACCGCUUCCUCCCGUCUUCCCAUCAUUCACACCUGCCGCCACUUCGGCCCCUCCUGCUUCUACAGCCGCUCCGGCGCCUCCAGCCUCUUCCUCCUCAGGUCUUUCCUUCAGUCUUCCCUCCACCGCUUCCUCUCUCUUCUCCUUUGGUGCCACUCCUUCUACCUCUUCAAUCUUUCCCUCUGCAGCAAGCUUCUCCUUCACAGCUCCUAAACCUUCAGGCGAGGCUCCGUCUCUCCCUGCGUUCUCUUUCGGGGCUCUCGGUGUUAAACCGCUCGUGGAGGCCUCGAAUGCAUCAGGGCAGGUUGCUACGGCAACAGCUACGGCUUCUCCCAUCACUGUACUGAAGGGUCCAGCGGAGGUGGCCACACCUAACGUUCGAGUCAAUCUCAACGACAGGUUUCUGGCAGCGGACACCCCUGCUCCACCGGCUCCAUCUACCCAGCCCUUCUCCUUCACCUCCACUCCCAAACCUGCAGCAGCUCCAGACUCGAGUGCUCAACCCAAACCAGUGUUCACCAUCAGCAAACCUGCUGCAGCCCCCACAGUGACCCGUCCUGCCCCUGCUCAGAACAGCGCCCCGUCUGUAACAGUGCAGAAAACUGCUCCAGCUCCAUCCACUCCAUCUGCUGCCCCUUCAACGCAGCUUCCUUCUGUGAAAUCCGUGGAGAAACAGCUGCAGCAGACGAAAGACUCCGAUCCUGUCAUGGUUGGAAUACAGGAAGAAAUCGCUCAUUUCAAGAAGGAGCUGGAUGAGCUGAAGGCUCGCGUUAAGGGGGCGGAUUUCCGGGUAGGAAGCUCGGAUGAGAUGAAGGAGCUGCGCAGAGAGAGUGAAGAUCUGCACAGGUUCACACUGGAGAUCAAGGAGACCACAGAGUCCAUGCACGGUGACAUCAGCACUCUGAAGACGACGCUGCUGGAGGGUUUCGCCGGAGCGGAAGAAGCUCGAGCUCAGCGAGAACUGAGCCAAGACAAAGGGUACCUCCAGCUGCUCUACAAGAAACCUCUGGACCCACGCAGCGAGAACCAGCUCAAGGAGAUCCGCAGGCUGUACCAGUACGUGAAGUUCGCCGUGGAGGACGUUAACGACGUGUUGGACCUGGAGUGGGAGAAACAUCUGGAGAAGAAGAGAAAACAGAAACACAUGAUCGUCCCUGAGCGAGAGGCUCUUUACACAGCUCUGGCCAACAACAUGGACAUCAUCAACCAGCAGAAGCAGAAGCUGGAGCACCUGGUGAGAGACCUGCAGAGCCUGAGACUCUACAACAAACCCUCCAGCCAGCUGGCGUCCACCUCUUCACCGUCACCUUCAUCAUCCUCACAGGGUCUGGAUAGAGAGCUGGAGAGUCUGAAGAACGCCUUGUUGAAGGCGAGUCUGGAUAUGGCACCCAAAGCUCCUUCCAAAUCUCCCUCUAAGAUGACUCCGGUGAAGCAGUCUCAGCUGAGGAACUUCCUUUCCAAGCGUCAGACUCCACCUGUACGAUCCACAGCUCCAGCGAACCUGUCGAGAUCAGCGUUCCUCUCCCCCAAAUACUACGAGGAUCUGGACGACGCGAGUUCCACCUCGUCUCUGUACCAGCCUCAGGAGUCUGACGAGCCGCUGCCCGAACCUGAGGAAGUGGAAGUGCCUCAGCCCGUCCUGGCCCCCCCACGCCACCCCACCGUAAUGCGCACUUCAUCCAUCCAGCCUCAAGCCAUCAUCGAGUCCACACUGCCGUUCAGCGGAGUGCUGCAGUGGCCGGGGAUCGGCGUCGGCACUCGCGUUUCCAAGAUAAACAUGGACAGCGCCGACAGCACAGCACUGGCCACCAAGACAGUGACGCACGGACCUCCUCCUAUAGAAAAGGCCGUGUCUCUUGAGAAGACCACGCCCACCACACUCCCCCCGGCCCAGGCUGCAGGAAGAGCUGCUUUAAAUCGACAAAUGAACAGCCAGAAACCAAUGGCGAAUCUGACUGAACUGACGCUGAAGACCGUGCCUCAGGUUGUGAACGUGCAGGAGCUGAAGGAUAACGGAGCCAUCAUGCCUGUUUCCACUGACGCCGGCACCUCCAUGUCUUCAUCAGCAGAUCAAACCUUUCAGCAGGUUCUGUCCAUCGUCGAGGCCAAAAAAAAUUCCACCCCGAGUGCAGUAAAAGUUCAUCCCCUGGUCACAGAGAGCACUUCAGCCCAACCCAGCUUUGUGUUCGGUUCGUUAACUAAACCUGACACUGCGGCUCCAUUCAGCUUGACUUCCUCUCUCGAGCAGCAGAGCAGCAAAGGAGUAUCACCUGCAGGAUUCCCGUUCAACCUGAGCAGUACGUCGUCACAGUCUCAAGGAGCGAGCGCUUCUCAAGGUGUGACCCAGGUGGGUAAAAUCCCCCAGAAACCUGCCACUUCUGUCCAGAGCUCGAUUAGUGAAACAGGCAAAAGCUCCCUGAUUCCCCAGCUCCAGCUUCCCAAAGCUCAAGAAGACUCUCUCGGCUCCUUCUUGGGUCUCCGAGUCGGCCCAGGAGACGAGGUUAAAGAAUCCCCCAAGCCCAAUACGACCUUCAGUUUCAAGCCACCUGGAAGUUCAGGUCCUGGUACGACGUUCACCUUCGGAAACGCUCCGAAACCCACCGCUGCUGGAAAUGAUUCGGAUUCCGGAAGCGCUCCAGCAGAUGCAUCAAAAAAAACAGGAAUUUUUAAGCCUCCUGAAAGUGCAGCAUCAUCGCUGACCAGUAAAACGUUCUCAUUUACUGCUCCAUCGUCUGCAUCUGUGCCCUCCCUCAGCUCCCUGCUCACGGCUCCUCUUCAAGACACUCCCUCCGUACCUGAGAAACCUUCCGAACCUGAAACUUCUCUUCCACCCGAAUUGAUUUCUGCCACGACAUCUGAAGAACCUCCUUCAGAACCGAGUCCUGAACCUUCCGCUGUCUCGACGUCCACCCCGUCUUCAACAUCCGUCACAGAAGAACCUCCUCCGCCUUCCCAACCCAAGCAGGAAGAGACUGAAAAUCCCGCGACUCAAACCGUGUCUGUUCCCGAGGCCACGCCCACAUCUACGGCCACCUCUACACCGCCUCCUGCUGAGACGGUGCCUGUAACAGUGUCGAACCCCGUCCAGGAAACGACACCUGUUUCUACAGCCAGUUCUGUACCUGCAGAACAGCAACAACCAGCAGCACCAGCAGCAGAACCAGCAGCAGCAGAACCAGCAGCUCCAGCUCCGCCCUCCACCACUCCAGGCUCGAUCUUCACCCAGCCAGCUGUGAGCACAAACUCUACAACGUUAUCAGUCACCUCCUUCACCCCAGUCAUCAGUACAGCAGCCAUCAGUACGUCUGCUCCAGCCCUGACGACAGUGUUCACUCAGCCAGUCACUACCUCCACUCCUGCGUUCGGAUCUUCAGGAUUCGGCGUUCCUUCUACCACUUCCAGUUUUGGAAAACCCGUUUUCGGACAGCCAGCGUCUGUCGGAUUUGGCUCGGCCAGCGGCUUCACUUUUGGCCAGUCGACGUUCGGGGGCGGCUCCGGGUUCGGACAGACGGCUGCAGCGAGCACGACUCCUGCCCCGGCGUCCAGCAGCGGAGGAGGAAGUACAGGAGGAGGAGGAGGGGGGCUGUUCGGUUUGGCUAGCUCCACCAGCGCUAGCUCCUUCUCGUUCGGGUCGAGCAGUACCGGUUCUGGAACGAACACCGGGACGAGCAUCUUUGGGCAGAGCAGCGCUCCUGCUUUCGGCCAGAGCAGCAGCACCUCGGGGUUCGGACAGGGGUCGCUAUUCGGAACCAACACGGCCACCACCACGACGUCUUCUGGGUUUAGCUUCGGACAGCCGGCUGCGGCGUUUGGCAGCACCUCAUCAUCUUCAGUGUUUGGUCAGCAGCCGAGCACCAACAGCGUCUUUGGUCAGCCGUCGUCCGGUGGGGGAUUGUUCGGCUGCGGGGCCACCAACUCCUCCAGCUCCUCGGGUGGAGGAUUUUUCAGCGGUUUGGGAGGCAAACCAAGUGAAGACGCUGCCAAUAAAAACCCGUUCGGAUCCACCAACACCGGCGCCUUCGGACAAACCAAUCAAACAGGAGGUAACCUGUUUGGGAACAGCGGCGCGAAGGCUUUCGGGUUUGGAAGUUCGACGUUUGGAGAGCAGAAGCCCAGCGGGACGUUCAGCGCUGGAGGAGGUUCUGUUGCUGCUCAGGGGUUCGGCUCGUUCUCCACUCCUGCUAAAACAGGUGGGUUUGGAAGCCCUCCGGUGUUUGGAAGCCCUCCUGCAUUCGGAGGAUCUCCAGCGUUCGGCGGUCAGGCUACAUUCGGCUCGGCUCCCGCCUUCACCAGUCCUCUGGGUUCCAGCACGGGGAAAGUGUUUGGAGAGGGAACGUCAGCGUCCAGCGUCGGGGGAUUCGGCUUUGCGUCUCCGCCCAGCGGCCCCACCUUUGGCAGUCUGGCGACUCAGAACAGCACGCCGACUUUUGGUAGUUUGGCUCAGCAGAGCUCAGGGUUCGGAAGCCAGAGCAGCGGUUUCUCAGGCUUCGGGUCUUCUGGAGGUUUUGGAGGCUUUGGGAAUACGAAUACCAAUCAGUCGUCUUCUCAGACAUUCGCUGGUUGGAGAAGCUAGCUGCUGGAAACUCCGCUGUUCUCUCACACUGCGAUUAGAUGAUAAUAUUUUUGGAAACGGGGAUCUCUGCACGUUUUAAAGCUUAGAAAAAUUCUCUAAAGUCAAACUGACUCCUGGCGUCUCACAGUCCGAAAUCUCCAUCACAUUAAAACCCAGUGUUCAGCAUCAGAGCACCAGAUUCUUCAACAAAUCCCAGCACAACACCAACGUUCUCCAACACAACCUCAGUAACGGCUACGUUUUCCAUGAAAACGCCUUCAAACACCAACAUUUACAGUUAAAAAUGACAAACACCAGUGUUCUCCAUUAGGUCCUCUUCAAGCACCAACAUUCUCCUUGAAAAUACCAUCAAAAACCAUCAUUCUUUCUGUAAAGACCACAUUCUUCAUAAAAGCAUCUUUAAACACCAACAUUCUCAAUUGAAGGACAUCAUGGACCAAUAAUCCCAAUGAAAAUACAAACAAAAAUACUUUUAAAUACCAACAUUCUCCAUGAAAAUGCCACAAUAAAAUUAACAUUCUUUACAAACAGCCGAGUAACUCCAACAUUUUCCAUUAAAGCACCUUCGAUCACCAAAAAUGACCUAAAUGCCACCAAAAAACAGUGUUCUUCAUUAAAACGCUAUAAUGCACCAACAUUUACCGUUAAACACCACCAAACAGUAUCAUUUUGUCUUAAAACACUCUGGGUGUCGUAUGGCUUCUACAUUUCCUGUGAAAAUGACACGGGGGGGGGGCGGAAGCAUUCUUUUUAAAGGACAACUAACACCAGCGUUUUCCCUUCAAACACCAACACUAUCCAACAGAACACCGUCAUUCACAGCCCAGGGCUUUAUGGCCACAUGUUUCUCUGCAUGUACUUUUCUGGAAGUCAGUGAGUUGUGAGACUUGUGAAAUAAAGAUAUUAUUUUAUACAUUGCAUGAGUUCUGAAUAAUGAUUAAUUUAAUGGGGAAAGUCCCUCCUGUAACACAUUAAUGACAAGCGUCAAAUAAAAUGUAAUGAAAAUAA